GUGAACUAUCAACUUUGACUCUUGAAAUCCAAAAGAUUUGGCGUGGGGAUUGUAAAUAUAUACUGUACAUCUAGGUCAUCUGACAUAACAAUUCAGGAUGAAACUAUACUGCUUGUCUGGUCAUCCAACCUUGCCCUGCAAUGUCCUCAAAUUCAAAUCUACAACCAUCAUGCUGGACUGUGGGCUUGACAUGACAUCAGCGCUGCACUUCCUGCCUUUGCCUCUAGUACAUAGUCAAAGACUGUCCAGGCUGCCUGGCUGGGUGUCGAAGGAUGGGAACACUCUGUUGGAAAAGGAGCUGAAGGAAUGUGCAGGCAGAGUGUUUGUGGACUCUCUUCCAGAAUUCUGCCUCCCUGAGAAAGAGUUGCUGGACCUAUCUACUAUUGAUGUGAUCCUUAUCUCCAAUUACCAUUGCAUGAUGGCUCUUCCGUAUAUCACUGAGCACACUGGAUUCACCGGCAUGGUCUAUGCCACAGAGCCCACAUUCCAGAUAGGCAGACUGCUCAUGGAAGAGCUGGUGACAUUCAUGGAGAGGGUUCCUAAGGCCCACUGUGCCACCUGCUGGAAAAACAAGGAAAUACAGAGGAUGCUCCCAGCUCCAUUGAAGGAUGCAUUGGAAGUGUGGACCUGGAAGCGAUGUUAUAGCAUGCAGGAAGUGAACUCUGCCCUAAGCAAAGUCCAGCUUGUUGGAUACUCUCAGAAAAUCGAGCUAUUUGGUGCCGUGCAAAUCACCCCUCUGAGUUCUGGGUAUGCAUUGGGUAGUUCCAAUUGGAUCAUCCAGUCACAUUAUGAGAAAGUGUCCUAUGUGUCUGGAUCUUCACUGCUCACCACACACCCACAGCCAAUGGAUCAGAGCUCUCUGAAGAACAGCGAUGUGCUGAUUCUAACUGGCCUGACACAGAUCCCCACUGCCAACCCCGAUGGCAUGCUAGGGGAGUUCUGCAGCAACCUGGCAAUGACUAUCCGUGCUGGAGGUAAUGUGCUGGUGCCCUGCUACUCCUCUGGAGUGAUCUAUGACCUGCUGGAGUGUCUUUACCAGUUCAUCGACUCGGCAAACCUCAGCUCCACACCCUUCUACUUCAUCUCCCCUGUGGCUAACAGCUCCCUGGAGUUCUCUCAGAUCUUCGCUGAAUGGCUCUGUCACAACAAACAAUCUAAGGUCUACCUCCCUGAGCCCCCCUUCCCCCAUGCAGAGCUUAUCCAGACUAACAAGCUCAAACACUAUCCCAGCAUUCAUGGAGACUUCAGCAAUGACUUUAGGCAGCCCUGUGUGGUCUUCACGGGCCACCCCUCACUGCGUUUCGGGGAUGUGGUGCAUUUCAUGGAGCUGUGGGGAAAGUCCAGCCUAAACACCAUCAUCUUCACUGAGCCUGACUUUUCUUAUUUGGAUGCUCUGGCUCCAUACCAACCUCUCGCCAUGAAGUGUGUUUACUGUCCCAUCGACACCAGACUGAACUUCAUCCAGGUCUCCAAACUGCUCAAGGAAGUUCAGCCCCUCCAUGUUGUGUGUCCAGAACAGUACACCCAGCCCCCUCCGACCCAGUCUCACCGCUCAGACCUGAUGCUGGACUGCCAGCCACCCCCCAUGCCAUACCACCGCUGUUCUGUGCUCAGCCUACCCUUCCGGAGACGCUAUGAGCGCAUUGAGCUGCUGCCUGAGCUCGCAAAAUCACUGGUGCCCUCUGAGAUUAAAUCUGGCAUCUCCGUGGCAACGGUCUCCGCUGUGCUGCAGUCCAAGGACAACAAGCACGUAUUACAGCCUCCCCCCAAGCCAGCUCCAGCUCCCCCAUCUAAGAAGAGGAAGCGUGUUGUAGAGGAAGCACCUGAACUCCGAGCACCAAAGCCCCUUCUGAGUGGUUCAGUGCCUCUCGAGCAAUUCCUUGCCACUCUGCAGAAGCAUGGCAUCACAGAAGUGAAAGUGGAGGACACACCAGAUGGACACAUCCUUCACCUGCAGGAUGAAGACACGCUCAUUCAGCUGGAGGAGGACUCUACGCAUAUCGUCUGUGACAACAACGAGAGUCUGCGAGCCACACUGAGAGACCUGGUGCUGCGCUUUCUGCAGAAACUCUGAGGCUGCUGUCAUUUCAGCGCUUCUCCAUGCCUCGUACCCAUUGACCAAGCAUCUUGACAGUUCACUUGUUUAGUCCUGCUCAGCAAACAAUUGUCACCGCAGCUGCCAUUUUUCAAACAUUGUUUGGCUGAAAACCUGACUGGCAAUUUUUACAACAAACAGGAAAACCUUUUACUUUUAGUGGCAGUUGGGAUAAAAUCCCCACAUGUCGUAAACAGCUAUUUUGUACUGUAUUUGUAUAAACUGUUUUAGUGUCUUCCAUGGACUUCAAGAGCACAAAGAAAAAAAGUAAAGGAAGACAUUUUUGUUUCAGUUCAGAACCUUCUAUUUGAACUUAUUGCAACGUGGGAAUGGUAACCAUCAAGUCAUACCUCCUUAUUUUAUGUGUUUAUCACCUUAAGUUAUCACUUCUUAAGCCAUUUGAGGGAACAACACAUAACAUUGUUAAUAUUAAGAGCCAUGUAUGUAUGGAUUUUUUUAAAGCACAUGUUUUACAUGCUGUUUUUAAAUAAAAUAAUUCUGUUUCUCUUUAAAGUCAAAUAUCCCACAAUGCUAACAAAACCCCAACAACAACAACAGACCAAAAUAUGAGAUUGGGCCCAUUGGGUAGAUGAUGUAGAUAUUCUGUGUAGCCUUUUACUAUUAAAAAUCGUUUGACAAAGCUCUGUCAGGAUAAUU